AUGAGGUGUUCCACUAUACUUGUGGGAUUGCUAUGCCCAUUGCAUGUUCUCUCAAAGGCUGUGUUUGCACAUUUUCUGGUUGACAACACAGCUCUCUUCACCUCAUCAGACUGGGAAAGAGAGUACUCUUUGGCCCGAGAAGCGCUGAUAGAUGCUUUCGUUCUGAACAUUGCUUGGAAUGGAACUUCGAACGAAAGACAGAUCCCGCUGGCCUUUGAGGUCGCCAACUCCGUUGGAUUCAAGCUGUUCUUCUCCUUCGACUACGACGGCAACGGACCUUGGCCCAAAGACGACGUCCUCGCGCUGAUGACGAAUUAUCAAACAAAUGGCGCCUACUACACAGAGAACUCACAACCGUUGGUGUCUACCUUCGAAGGCGGUUCCAACGCAACGGAUUGGAUAGACAUCAAAGCAGAGACAGACUGUUUCUUGAUCCCAGAUUGGUCUUCCCUUGGCGCACAAAAAGCGUGGGAUGCUGCCGACAAUGUCGCCGAUGGUCUCUUUAGCUGGGACGCGUGGCCGAGUGGUGUCAGGCCGAUGGACGGCAGUGUGGACGAGACGUACCUUGGAGUGGUCGACAAAUCAAAGUACAUGAUGGCGGUCUCGCCGUGGUUCUAUACCAACCUUCCAGGAUACAACAAGAACUGGGUCUGGAAUGCAGACAAUCUUUGGGUAGAUCGUUGGGCCCAAGUUAUAAGCGUCCAGCCAGCCUUUGUUCAGAUCAUCAGCUGGAAUGACUUCGGCGAGUCUCACUACAUUGGGCCUUUGCAUAGCUCUCCUGCCAUGGAAACGGGAGCACUCUAUGAUUAUGUGUCUACCAUGCCUCACGAGGGUUGGCGCAAUGUCCUUCCUACAUUUAUCUCAAUGUACAAGAAUGGCACAAGCGAUGUGACUCAGGAGAGUAUCACAGCAUACUACACUCCCGAAAGAGGCUCGAACUGCAGCACAGAAAACACCACCUUGAACACUGUCAGCCACAGUCAGACAGAGUAUUCCGUCGAUUUGCUAGGCGGUAUCAAAAUCUACUACGAUGCCGCGCUCGCAUCCCCUGCCAACAUCACCGUCAAGCUUGGCGAGGUUGACGUGCAAGCAACAUGGGACGCAGCUCGGUCGCCCGCCGACGGGGGCCCCGGGGUCUAUCAUGGUUCCUAUGCAGUUCCGACUCUACCAGACGCGGACGAACCGUCCCCCGUGGUAGUUUCGUUAACUCGUGACGAUACCGUCAUCGCCCAGAUCCAAGGGAUGAGCAUAGGAGGAUGCAGUGAGACGGGCAUGCAGAAUUUCAACGCCUGGGUCGGAACUGAGAAUGUGGUGGGGAGUGCAGACAGUCUGGCAUCUCCGACUGCAUCUGCCUCCGGCCUUGGAGUUGUGCUUUCAAUAGUGCUCUUUGUUACAGCGUUGCAAUUAGUCUAG